CAUCAAUCAGGAGUACAUCUCUGGUGACAGUUCUUACCGUCUAUCUCCUGGGGAUGAGGUUGCUGUCAUCCCACCACUUUCUGGAGGUUAACACAUUUAUUUCUAUAACUACUUAAGCAGGAAGACAUUUCAAUAUGGAUGAUGUCAAAUUGACGACAGAUAUUCUAAGUGUCGAGAGAGCUGUCCAGACAGUCACCGAUCCUUCAUGUGGUGCAGUCUCAAUGUUCUUGGGUACAACACGAGACAACUUUGAUGGCAAGAAGGUGGUCCGUCUGGAGUAUGAAGCAUAUGAAUCAAUGGCUGAGAAACAACUCAAUAAGCUCUGUAUAGAAAUGAGACAGAAAUGGGACCUGCACAAUAUUCUUAUUCAUCACAGAUUAGGCCUUGUUCCUGUAACAGAAAGCAGUGUCAUGAUUGUCAUAUCAUCAGCACACAGAAGAGAAUCUUUAGAGGCAGUACAGUAUUGCAUAGAUCAACUCAAGGCCACUGUUCCUAUAUGGAAGAAGGAGAUAUACGAUGAAGGAGAUGGAUGCUGGAAAGCUAAUAAAGAGUGUUCAUGGGCCAGCAAAUCAUGAAAUUAUUUAAAUCAUGUUAUAAAUACUUGUAUUUUCCAAAACCUGUUGAAUAUCCAUAAAGCUUGAUGCAACUCUGACCAGAGUCCGUGGAAGAUGCAUGUUAUACCAAAAUAAAAUCAUAUAUCCAAUGGAUUGAAGUCCUAUGAGAGUUUGGCUUUGAUUUGCAUAGUUCCCAUAUUUGUCAGUAUUCAAAUAUUUGUAAAUGUAAAUGAAAUACAAUGUCUAGCCGUAAGACAAGGCCUCUUAUCUCAAUACCAGAUAUGACUUGUUUGAAGGGAGACUAGCAUAGAGGAUGUGUUAUCCACGUGGCCUUUACAUUCUUACUAUAUCCUCUGAACUUUUGGUAUAUAGUUUAUUGUAUUAAGUUAAGUGUAUAUACCGGUUCUGAUAUAUGAACAAGAUAUGGUCAAUAAAAAAAACAAAAAAAUAAACCCUGCCAUAUUGAUAUGAUAGCGAAGUCAUGAAUAAUGCAUAGCGUACUCACGUAUUCAUGCUUCAUGAAAAGCCAUAUCUUGUGGAUAUACAUGUAAUUGAGCCAGUCCACUUCUGCUGGCACUGCGAAAGCCACACACAUCGCAAGCAUAUGGCUUCAAUUGUAAGUGCAAUAAUUUUAAUAAUAAUGUUUUCAUGUAAUGAUAUAUUGGAGUACAGAACUGUCAAAAUACUUGGGGGGGGGGGGGGGGGGAAGUAGUCUGAAUGAUGAUCAGAAUUCUGGUUGUAUGUAUAGUAAAAAUAUUAUGAAAUUUAUUUGAGAUUGCUUCCAGUAGUGAUCAUUAUUAUUUUAUACCAAGUAUUAUUUAGAAUUUAGGAUAGUGAAGCACAUAGUCUUUAGUUAGAACAUACAAUUAGAAUGAUAUGUUUCUGAAAAUUUCAAAAUCAAUGAAAAUAAAGUACAUUUUGAAUUUAACUAGAAUGAACCGCUGUAUGGGAUUUAUAGAAUUCAUUUUAUUCAAACAGAGUCAGCUGUAUGACAAACUUAAAAAGGUUGAAUGUUUAUUGCUUCCCAGGUUAUUACACAAUAAUAGGAUUUGUUAAAAUACAGUUUUCAACUAGUUUUAUGAAUCCAAUAAAUAUAAUGAUCAUGUGUUCCGCAAAUAUCAUUUACCGGGUAAGGCCAUUUACUUUGGUUUGAUGUAAUUUUUAAUCAAACAAAUAUGCAACAGUGACAUUAUAUAAGGGUGACAAAUGUUUUGUGCCUUCUAUUUAUAUUUAUUGAUCCAGUAUUUGAUUAUAAAAGAUAAGUUUUUAAUUAA